AUGGACUUUCUGCAGCAACUCCCUGAACAAAUAUUUCGAGACAUCUUAUUAAGAAUUUCAUAUGAAUCUCAACCAAAGAUUAAGGAGUUGUUGGAACCUGCUAAAGAAAUGAUGGAAUGUUCCGAGUUUUACCAAGAUAGAAUUAAGUUUGGGCUAGCUAAGAAAUAUAUAUGCUUGCUCCGGGAUGCUGCGAUAUCUAUAUAUGAUCCAGUUGAUCAAUCAAUUAUAAUGCACACUCAUAUUCCGCCUGGUUUUCAAGUCUCAAAUUUAUAUUCUCACAUUGUAUGUGUUAAACACAAGCUUGUUUUGCUGGGCUUGCAAUUUAAUCGGAGUUAUACUUCAACGAUUUUGAUAGAUGAUUUAUUAUCGAAUACAUGGAAGCAAGGUGCUCAAAUUCCAAUUGCUCAAAGCAUACAUGAUUUUGCAUGUUGUGCCUCGCCUGAAGGAUCUAUUUACAUUGCAGGAGGUUAUGUCAAUUGUAGUUCGGCCAGUUUUAGUCGUGCCAAUUUUAGUCGUAAAGCAGCAGUAUACAAAGUAGAUGAAGACGAGUGGGACUUUCUUCCUGACAUGCACUAUGAAAUGACCGAUUCUGGGGGUGUAUUUUAUGAAGGAAUAUUUUAUGUCAUUAGUUCUAACAAUAGAACUCAAAGAUUUGAUCCCAACACAAGAGUAUGGACAAUACUUAAUUUGUCUUCUCCAAUUCCACAGUGCGUCCAUGUUAUGUUUGGACGGCUAAUAGCGGUUAUAGACAAUAAAAUAGAGCAAUAUGAUUGGGAGAAAAAUGUGUGGAUACAAUUGGAAACCCUCCCUAAAAUACUUGAGUAUGUUCAGGCCACAGAGUGGAGUGGUCGAAUUUUCAUGUGCGGACAUGAGACGACUUUUUUUGGUGUCCCAAAUUCUAUAUGCAUAAAUUUGAAGCAACUCCCUCUGAGAGGUGGGUUUCUGUCAACCCACCUCUAG